AUGCAGAAGGCUGGGGCCGGGGCCCGGAGGGCCUCCGACUGCGGCCCUGCCCCUCUCCGGCCCAGGUGCAUCACCAAGUUUGCCCAGUACGUGGGCUCCUUCCCCGUGGAUGACCUGGACACGCAGGAGAGUGUGUGGCUGGUGCAGCAGCAGCUGUGGGCACUGAAGGACUGUCCCCGGCGCCGGGCUGUCAUCCUGAAAUUCAGCCUUCAGGGCCUCAAGAUCUACAGCGGGGAGGGUGAGGUGCUCCUGAUGGCGCACGCCCUGAGGCGCAUUCUCUACUGCACCUGGUGCCCCAGCCACUGCCAGUUUGCCUUCAUGGCCCGAAACCCCCGGAGCCCGGCUAGCAAGCUCUUCUGCCACCUCUUUGUGGGUAGCCAGCCUGGAGAGGUCCAGAUCCUGCACCUGCUUCUCUGCCGGUCCUUCCAGCUCGCGUACCUCUUACAGCACCCUGUGGAACGGGCACAACCUGAGCCCUGCCCGGGGCCUGCGGGGGAUGCGCCCCUGAAGCCACUUUCCAAUCCUGGGGGUCCUCCGGGCCUGGUCCGGGAACCCUUCGGCCGUGAUCAGCUCUCACAGAACGUUCAUGCGCUGGUCUCCUUCCGGCGGCUGCCGGCGGAGGGGCCCAUGGGCAGUGGGAGGGAGCUUUCAGAGUCAGAAGGCCGAACCCGCCAUGCCCGCCUGGGGAACCCCUACUGCUCGCCCACGCUGGUACGAAAGAAGGCCAUUCGCAGCAAGGUGAUCCGCUCCGGGGCCUACCGAGGCUGCACCUAUGAGACGCAGCUGCAGCUGUCUGCUCGGGAGGCCUUUCCCACUGCAUGGGAGGCGUGGCCCCGCGGUCCUGGUGGCCCCUCGUGCCUGGUGGAGACUGACGGCAGCCUGACGGAGAACAUCUGGGCCUUCGCCGGCAUCUCCAGGCCCUGCGCCCUGGCUCUGCUGCGGAGAGACGUGCUUGGGGCCUUCCUCCUGUGGCCCGAGCAGGGCGCCAGCGGCCGCUGGUGCCUGUCAGUGCGGACGCAGUGCGGCGUGGUGCCACAUCAGGUGUUCCGGAAUCACCUGGGCCGCUACAGUGUAGAGCACCUGCCGGCCGAGUUCUCCAGCCUGGAGGCCCUGGUGGAGCACCACGCUGGGACCGAGCGCAGCCUCUUCUGCUCCCUGGACAUGGGCCGCCUGAACCCCGGCUAUGAGGAACAGGACUGUGGGCCCGAGGGCAGGCCUCCGCGGACACUGCGGCCCCUGAGCCACGCCAAGUCCGAGGCAGAACUGCAGGGCCUGGGCUAGAGGCUGGGCCGCCCACACACAGGCCCCGCCUCGCUCUGACUCCUGGGCCUCGGCAGGAGGCUGUGUCCUUCCUCCACCCAGUCGCUGUGCCCCUGGACCAUCUUCCAUCACUUCCCCGCCUGUGGGAGGAGCCCUGGAGUUGGGAUGGCAAGUGACAUGUGAUGGCGCGUGUGGCCCAGCAUGAGUACAGGGUCGGUGGGGCGCCGGGCGGCUGUGGGCGGCAGGUGGCUGGAUGCUUGUCGCCUCCGGGCUUCACUUUGCUCCUGGCGCGCUCUGAGGCGGCAGUUACAUUUCAAGAUGAUGGCGGUGUCUCUCUAGAGGCGGGGCCUGGGGGCCCUGACUCCCUGGGAGUCUCCAAGGGCAGGAGUGAGGGAGAGGUGUUCAGGGAGGCAGGCGUGAGUUCUCCCUUUGGGCACAGGCCUGGGGCUGGGGCCAAGCUGCACCCGGGCUGCCAGAUGGAGCAGGGCCUGUUCUCACCUGCGAGAAAAGCAGCUUUCCCUGCGUUCUGAGGAAUGGCAGAAAGGACAGGG